GUUGAAGAUGAUAAAAUUAUUGUGCCCCGUAAUUCAUUGGUUGAGGUGAAUCAAUCUGGCCUCCUAAUGGAGACAAUGGUCGAUAUUACACCAAAAGAUCCACUCCCAACACCUUCAGUUGGUCCACUGGACGCAGACUGUUCCAAAGAAGGCUUAAUCCUCUGUGACAAAGAGAGAAUGAAAGGACAACAAGGAGUAAGCUUAGAUGCAAUGGUGGGUAUAUUUACCCGUCUAGGAAGAGACAUGGAGGAAAUUGGUGUUCAUAAAAGCUUCAAGUUGGCGGAAAAGGUUGCAUCUAUAAUGGAAGAAGCACAACCUCUCCUUUCACGGAUUGAAGCAUUAGCUGAAGAAGUUCAACCUUUGCUCUCGGAGGUGGGUGAUAGUGAUCUGGUGAAGGAUGUGGAGACUAUAGCUAAAGGCCUGGCUGACGCAUCUGGUGAUUUAAGAAGGUUGAAGUCUUCCAUGCUUACCCCUGAGAACAGUGAUCUAAUCAAGCAGUCUAUAUUCACCCUUAUAUUUACUCUGAAGAACAUUGAGAGUAUCAGCUCGGACAUCUCUGGUUUCACCGGCGACGAGGCGACACGGCGGAACAUCAAGCUGCUGAUCAAGUCCCUCAGCAGACUAUUGUGACCCCUCAGUUGAACUGAACAGCGUGGAUAUGGGUAGAGUAGGCCAUCCGUCCUGAUGGGGUCGGAGCAUCUUUAAGAAGAUAAGCUGAGUUUUUUUUUCUGCAUUCUUGGCAAGAAAAGCAGUAUUUAUCGUUGUCGUCGAGUUAUGCUAGGCCCAUUUUUGUUUUGUGUUUUGUGCAGCACGGUUGUGGUUGAGCAAGUGUAAACAAGGAAUACUCCCAUUGUUUCUUACCGGUGGCACUCGUUGAUCGGUGUGUCGUCGUCGGGGCGGCACAAUUCAAAGCAGCAGCAGCAGCCUAGUAGGACUGAUAGCUACUGGUAGCACAUCUCGCCAUCGGUCAAUUCAAUCCUUGGACUUGCGCUCUCUGCUUUUGUUUGUGUGGUGGAAUGGAAUCAAACGCGACGACGAAUGUAGCCUGACAACGGGUGCAUCGGUCCAGUUUCGAUCGUGUGGUCUUCCAUUUCGUGCCUCGUCGGAUAUAAGCGGAAGUAUGUUACUAUAUUGAUUAUUUUUCCAGUUUCAAUUGCGUGUGCGUGCAAAACAAGCUGCAGGCCGUGCACGCUAGGCGCCAAGCCAAUAAUCCAGCGCCGUUUCCAUUCA